GGCUGAAGGUAGAAGACCUGUCAAAUUGAUGUGGUGAUUUCAAUGUUUCCUCUGAAUUUGUAUUUUUUGUCAGGGAGCUGUAUGUGAUCAUACAUUUUGAUCAUCCGGUGGAAUGAGACAGAGCUUGAUGGACUUGACUUGUUCUAAAUGUAGACAUUGGUUCUGAUCCAGGCUGCAUUACAGUUGAUCAGCUCCAAAAAAAAACAUGAAUAAGAGUAGAAGGGAGGACAUUCUCAUUCAAAUCAACAGCAGAAUGGUCCACUUUGAAGUGUACCGCUGCCAUCACAAGGCACUGUCACCGUUGUCGAAGCAGGGUAACUAUGUUCAAAGGACAGUGCGGAGUGCCAUUUUGUUUAGAGCUUGUCAAAUGACCACAGAAAACAGUUCAAUGUUCGUACUACUCGUUUUAUUUCUCUAGUCGUGAAGUUAAUACCAGCUGAGGCUUCUCUGUUGAGGAUUUCAAUAAAAAGUGUGAUUCUCUGGAUUAAGAAGGUCUAUCAAAUCUCAAGAGAAGCCAACAUGUCCUGCUAUGACUGUCUGAUUACAACCAGUCACGUGGAGACUUCUAUUCCGGUUUUUUAACCGUUAUUUAAAUUCUCGCGGUGCUUUCGCGAACCUAGCAACCGUUCUGUUACAGUAACCAUAGCAACCGGUGGAGUUCGGAUCUCCACUUUCGGUGCUAAUGCAGUGUGAACGCUAGCAAAACAGGUGAAGUACGAUGGACGCAAAGCAAGACAGGAGUGAGCAGAUAAUGCAGUCAGCAGCCUCGCUUAAGGCCUUCAUGAUGACGAGCAGCACGCGGUGCGACAGCAACCUUUAUGACCACCUCACCCGGUUGCUGAUGAAAGUGAUGGAUGAGCAUCCACAGAAUGCGGUGGAUGUGAUUGAGGAUUUAAGCCACGAUGUGAAGCGGACUUUGUUUGAAGACAAGCAAAGCACCCUGCGAGACCUUCCACAGACCACAGCUGCUGAGCUGCUGGCUGAGCAGCAACACCUGCUGUUCACUCAGCCAGCAGAGGAAGAGCAGGAGGACGAUCUGAUGGAACCCCCCCCCCUCCCUAAUGUGAGUGAGAUUGGCUUCUACUUGGAGCAGGCUGGAGUCGGUCUGGGCCGAGAGGAGAUGCAGAGGGUGUUCCUCGCACUGAAGCAGCUGAUGGAGUCACAGGCGCUGCUGCACUGCCGACUGUGGGGCAAAGUACUGGGAACAGGGAGCAGCUAUAUUGUUGCUGAAGCCGAAUACAGAGAGGGGGAGGAAGAGGAAGAGAAGAGCUCCGAAGAAGUCACUGAGGAAGAGGAGAGAGAAGCAGAGGCUGAAGAGAAUGAGAUGUAUCGACUUCCUCAGUCAACCUAUAAACCCCUACCAGCAGUGCCGAAGGAGGACCUCGGAACAGGCGCAAACAAGUGUGUUUACUAUGUGUGCACAGAGCCGGGUCUUCCUUGGGUAAAGCUCCCUUCGGUCAGUCCAGCACAGAUCACUGCUGCUCGCCAGAUCCGUAAGUUCUUCACUGGGAGGCUGGACACCCCAGUGGUCAGCUACCCGCCUUUCCCCGGGAAUGAAGCCCAGUACCUGAGAGCACAGAUUGCUCGGAUCUCUGCUGGCACACAGGUCAGCCCCCAGGGCUUCUUCCAGGCUGGGAAGGAGGAAGGUGAUGAGGAAGAGGAGGCAGCCCGGGACAGCUUUGAGGGCAUUCCAGUGUCUAAGUUGGCCGAGUCUUUGUCGACCUGGGUGCAUCAUGUUCAGCACGUUCUGCAGCAGGGCCGCUGUACUUGGGUGAACCUGGCUGUGAAAACGGGAGAAGACUCUGAGGAAGGCGAGGCUGAAGAGAAGGAAGAACUGGAUGAACUUGAGCCAGAAGUUGGACCCCCUCUGUAUACUCCCCUCUCCGAAGAUGCAGAAAUGUUCAACGUUCCUCCCUGGACCUCUAAGAUGUCCUCCACUCUCACCUCCCAGCAUGCAGUAGCUGUGCAACGCUCUAAUCUUUGGCCGGGGGCAUAUGCAUACGCUUGUGGAAAGAAGUUUGAGAACAUAUAUGUUGGAUGGGGCCUAAAGUAUUCAGGGAAAGGUUACAGCCCAGCUGUACCCCCGCUACCACAGAAAGAAUAUCCAAGCGGACCAGAAAUCACAGAGGCCCUGGACCCAUCACUGGAGGAGGAGCAGGUUCUGAAAGAAGCUUUGGAGGAGCAGCGAGCUGCCCAGGAAGAGAUGGAGGACAUAGACGAUGAGGACGACGAGGAAGAAGAUGAUUGAGAAAACAGUUACACAUUUAAUAUUCAAGUAUUUAUUUGUAAUAAGUCAAUGGCCAAAUAAAUUUACUCAGCAACAUGGCUUGAUAUUGUAAAUUCAGUUUAAUAAGUCAACAUCUGAACAGGUCAGUUGUGUAAAGAUGAAACAAUGCUUGCGGUGGCAAUGUACCCACAUUUUGUUCAAGGUAUUCUGUGGAAUUCUUUUACCACUUGUUCCACUGUGCAGCAAUGUUUUACAAAUGUGCUACAAAUGUGCUACCUUCUGGCUGCAGUGCACACCAACAACCAGCGACUCCUCACAUGUGUUACCUUUUAGCUGCAGUGCACACCAACAACCAGCGACUGCUCACAUGUGCUACCUUCUAGCUGCAGUGCACACCAACAACCAGCUACUCCUCACAUGUGCUACCUUCUAGCUGCAGUGCACACCAACAACCAGCAGGAAGCACAUGUGCUACCUUCUAGUCGCAGUGCACACCAACAACCAGCAACCGCUCACAUGUGCUACCUUCUAGCUGCAGUGCACAUUAACAACCAGCGACUCCUUACAUGUGCUACCUUCUAGCCGCAGUGCACACCAACAACGAGCGACUGCUUACAUGUGCUACCUUCUAGCUGCAGUGCACACCAACACACAGCGACUCCUCACAUGUGCUACCUUCUAGCUGCAGUGCACUCCAACAACCAGCGACUCCUCACAUGUGCUACCUUCUAGCCGCAGUGCACACUAACAACUAGCAGGCAGCACAUGUGAGCAAAGUAGUAAACAAAAACAUGUAGCCUUAUUUGUGUGUAGGUCAUAAUAUACCCUGCCAAAGCAUUUUUAAAUGCCACAUUUUAUCAGCUUAUGCUAACGAAAUUUUUAUUUUUAUUAAAGAACAGGAGGAGAUUAAAAAACUUGGAA